UCACAGUACUAUUGUCUGUUGCCACCACUGCACAAUGCACAUUGCGUGCGUACGUAGCCGGCGAUAAACAGAGCAUCAAGAAACAGAGCACGCUCACAUUCUCACUGCAAACCCUACCCUGGUCACCCUUCACCUCUUUAUUUCUACAAUAUAUUCCUUUUCUUUUUCCCUCACAAAAUCAAAACCAUAUCUUGGGCUGUUAAAAAAAUUGCAAUCUUGAUACCGUUUUCCCUUCAGUUGGUAACAGUAUAAUGGAAGAUCAAAGUAACCAAGAGAACCCAGGAAGACCCACCAGUGGUGUCUCUCAUCAUCAAUUUCCAAUCCCAAAAGUUGCCAUUGCAGCAUCUUCUGGAAGAAAUGGAAGCCACAGGACUUGCCUCCCAAAACUAACUCACCAUAACUAUGUUGAGUAUCUUUCAGAAUCCUCAACUUAUAAUCUUCCAAAGACUUCCACCGAAUUCAUGAUGAAGAGCAGUUAUCUACCUGUUGGCAACAUCAGUGAUGGUUAUGGGGUCAGUGGAACAGACAGAAACUUCUUUUACAGUGAUGAUCCAGGAAAAGCUUGUUCCUUUAAGACUAUUGGUUCUUCAAGUAAUGACCUUGACAUUAGUAAGCAGGUGGGGUUUUGGAGAGCUGAUGAAGGAAUCAAAGUUGAAACUGAAAGUAGUCAGAAUCUUGUUUAUGCUGAGAGUCAUGCAUCAUGGACAUCAGAUUCUGUUGGAGAUAAGCAUAAUGCUUCACAUGAUCCAAUGUUCAUGGUUGGUGCACCUACUUUACUUCCCAAACCAGGAUGCAGCUCCUCAAAACAGAAAGCUCGUGUCACUGAACGUCAACGCAGGCAACGCAUCGCUGAUAACCUCAAAGCCUUGCAUGAAUUGCUUCCAAAUCCAGCAGAGGGAAGUCAAGCUUACGUAUUGGACGACAUAAUUGAUUAUGUCAAAUAUUUGCAGCUUCAAAUAAAGGAACAAAGUGGAAGUAGAUUAUUGCAAGCGGACUCAACUGCUAUACCACUAGUUUUUCAUGAGGGUUACGGCCAUUAUAUCAACCAAAAGAUGCUGAAUGAACCCCUUGAGGAGAUAAUGGGGAAACUAGUUGAAGAUGAUUCAGCAGCAGCUGUUCAGCUACUAGAGAGUAAGGGUCUUUUCCUGCUGCCUAUGGCAUUGGUUGAUGAGUUGAGUGAGGCUGUGCAAAUGUUUGGUGGGAGUGCACUUGUCUGACAAAAGCUUUCUUUUAUUUAUUUCAAAUUCUCCAUUAUGGAUCAUUUCUAGACAGUGGCAGUAGUAUGAUUAUUGUUUAUGUUUUUGAUGUUACAACAAUAACAUUUAUGACUUAUUACAAACUAUCAAAAUCUCAGCUAACUCGAUUCCACUA